AUGGCACAAAAACCCACGUAUACCGAUCAACAGCUGGAGUUAUACUUGAACCGAAUCAGAUACUCCCAUUCCGCCCAAUCCGAGGGCAAUCUUCUUCAACAUCUCCGCCAGGAUAUCGAGAAUGACGCACUUUCUGCGCUGGGUGAGCUGCAAAGGCGACAUCUCACUGCCAUCCCAUGGGGCAAUUCAGCGCUGCAUUACUCGCAGCAUCAUACUAUAUCUCUGAACCCGGAAUGUCUCUUUGAGAAGAUGGUGGAGCGCCGGCUGGAUGGAUAUUGCAUGGAGAACACCGGGAUCUUCUUUAUUGUCUUGCGGUCCCUGGGGUAUCUUGUUUACGCCACUGGAGGUAGAGUCAGUCAUGCGGCGGCGAAGGGAGUGGAUGAUGGAUUAUAUCUGCCAUUUGGACAUAUGGUUCUGAUUGUGAUCAUCGCAGGGGAGAAGUACAUGGUUGAUGUCGGCUUUGGAAACAAUUGUGCCACUGCUCCACUAUUACUUCAAGAAGGUGCUACUGCUACGGCUAUCGCACCAUCUGAGAUGCGUAUUGUCAGAGAAAGCAUUGCUGAGUUCACAAACUCUAGCCAAAAGAUCUGGAUUUACCAAACAAGAUACAACCCUGAGAGCAAGUGGUUGCCACAGAUCUGCUUUUCCGAUAUGGAGUUUCUACCACAGGAUUUCAGCGUCAUGAACUUCGAAUCCAGCCAGAGCCGAACAAGCUGGUUCACCCAGAUCUUUGUCUGCAUGCGAAUGCUUUUGGGCCCAAGCGGCACAGAGAUCGUAGGUCAGUGCAUCAUGUCGGGUAAAGAAGUCAAGAUGAGAUUGCGCGGGCAAACGGAGAUCUUGCAGGUGCUGGAGACCGAAGAGGACCGCGUCGAGGCACUGGCCAAGUAUUUCGAUAUGCAUCUCCGUGAGAGUGAGAUCCAAGGUAUUCGGGGAAUGACCUCGGAGCUCAAGUAG